GGAGGGAUCAGCUUUCCAGAGGUGACCCAUUAUCUUCAGCUCAACCUGUCACCACUUUUGACGCAAAUCCGUACAGAUACGCCUCGAGAGUGCAAAAGUCGCCAUGGUGUGGUUACCUCUUUCCGUGAUUGGAUACGCUUGGGUGUGCCAAGAACGGGUCAACAUCGCUGCGAUGUGCGUGAUGCUCUUCCUCGCAGGAUUUUUAUCCAUAUGGAUCUACGCGAGCACGCUGGCAUAUAUUGUCGACGCAAACACUGGUCGCUCAUCGACGGCAGUAGCGGCCAACACUUCUUUCCGUGGUCUGUCUGCUUUUGUUGCUACUGAAAUUGCUGUGCCUCUACAAGAUAGUAUUGGUGACGGUGGUUUGUAUACCCUCUGGGCGGGGCUGAUGGUCAUUACUAAUUGUAUCAUCUUAUUGGUAUUGUAUAAAGGCAGGAAGUGGAGAGAAGCUAGUGCUGAGCGGGAGAAGCGGAAGCUGGAUGGCAAGUAAAUGAUCAUCAUGGCUUUUGAAGUCUCGAUAGUAAACCAUAGGUGAGUAUAGAUGAUACUAACUAUAACGUUACUGUUUCACUGGCAGUGUAGAAUUAAGGCUCGUUUGCCGU